AUGACUGAAGGCUCGCUUCCGCGGCGGAUCACAGGGAACACUCGCCGUGGGAGGACCAACGCUGUCCCCAUGGACGAGGACUUCGAAGACGCCGACGUCGAUGUUGCACCCCCCGCCUACGGCGAACAUCAUGACCAACUGCAGUUUUCCCGGGCCGGCUUUGCCGCCGAUGCUGCCGUUACAACCGACGGUCGCGUCAAUAUCCAUAUCAAUGAGAAGAACCAGCGAUUAUCGGAGCUUCUAACUCCCGCCCUCACGAGGCAGCUCCGUGCCGAGACCCCGUUCCCUGCUGGACCCCUCCCGCCGGCCUACAUCCCGCCGAGUCUGGGGGGUCAGCCCGGCCAAACACCGCCGCCCCGACUGAACGUGGUGAUUCAGAUCGUCGGGUCAAGAGGCGAUGUUCAGCCCUUUGUGGCCUUGGGACAGGUCCUGCGCGACACGUACGGGCACCGCGUGCGCGUGGCCACACACGCCAACUUCAAGUCCUUUGUCGAAGAGAACGGGCUCGAGUUCUUCAACAUCGGCGGAGACCCGGCCCAGCUCAUGGCUUUCAUGGUCAAAAACCCGGGUCUGAUGCCUGGCUUGGAGACCUUAAAGAACGGCGACAUCCAGCGGCGCCGCCAGGAGAUCAAGGAGAUCCUCAUGGGGUGUUGGCGGUCCUGUUUCGAGGCGGGUGACGGCAUGGGUAUUGCACCGCCGCAGCACAAAAGAGACGAGCCCCUAGAUGAACGGUUCUUAUUGCCCGGCGAUCCGGGGCAUCGGCCUUUCGUGGCAGAUGCCAUCAUUGCGAAUCCGCCCAGUUUUGCACACAUCCACAUUGCCGAGAAGCUGGGUAUUCCACUGCAUAUGAUGUUCACGAUGCCCUGGACACCCACGCGAGCAUUCCCACACCCCCUUGCUGAUGUGGUCGCGACCAACGCCGACGCCGCCAUAACCAACUACGUCUCAUACGCUUUGGUUGAGAUGAUGACUUGGCAGGGACUCGGCGAUCUGAUCAACCGGUUCCGAUACAACAUUCUCGACCUCGACCCUAUCUCCCUCCUGUGGGCACCGGGCUUGCUCACCCGGCUACGGAUCCCUGCCACGUACUGCUGGUCACCCGCUUUGACCCCGAAACCCGCAGACUGGGCGCCAGAGAUAACCGUAUCCGGCUUCUUCUUUCUGAAUCUUGAAUCGAACUACACCCCUGAGCCGGAGCUCGCCCGGUUCCUCGCGGCCGGGCCACCGCCAGUUUAUGUCGGUUUUGGCUCUAUUGUCGUUGAUGACCCGGAUGCACUCACUCAUACCAUUUUCAAUGCAAUCAUCAAGUCCGGUGUACGGGCGAUCGUGUCGAAAGGAUGGGGCGGCAUAGGCGGCGACUCGGCUGAUGUGCCCGAGGGCGUCUUCAUGCUCGGCAACUGCCCCCAUGACUGGCUAUUCAGGCACGUUGCUGCCGUGGUUCACCAUGGCGGUGCCGGCACGACCGCGGCCGGCAUCAGAGCUGGAAGACCGACGGUCGUGGUGCCGUUCUUUGGAGAUCAGAUAUUUUGGGGCUCCAUGGUCGCCAGAUCUGGAGCUGGCCCAGCCCCGAUCCCGUACAAGAAGCUGACGGCCGAGAACCUGGCGGCUGCCAUUGAGUUCACGAUGCGGCCCGAGACACAGGCUCGCGCGCAAGAGCUGGGUGAGAGGAUCAAGCAGGAGAAGGGUGUUGAUGUUGCCGGCAAGAGUUUCCAUCAGUUUCUCAAUACUGACAAUAUGCGGUGCUCCCUGGCUCCUAGCCGGGUGGCGGUCUGGCGGGUCAGGAGGUCCAAGGUCCGCCUGAGCGCUCUGGCCGCCGCCAUUGUGGUGAAGCAGGGCUGGGUGAAGUAUUCGGAUCUUAAAUUAUAUCGGUCGAUCGACUACAAUACUGAUGAGCAGCCUUGGGACCCCAUUUCAGCGGUCAUUCUGGCAAUUGUCGGAGAUGUUGGUGCACUGACCAUGGCCGUGGCGGAUUUCCCUCGAGAGAUCUUUAAGGCUCAGGGGAAGAAGGACAAGGACAAGGCUGCCCCUGAAGACGGCACGGCGAAAGCGGAAGACGCACACUCCAUCUUGACCGCAACGCCAUCUGUCGAGAGCGGUCCUGCGGCUCACCAGAGGGCAGAUUCCCGCUCCGCUCCGGCUAGCAUCUCUUCACAUGCUACAGCUCACGGAUCAGCCGAGUUGUUAGCGAUCGUCCAAUCCUCCACGCGUUCGCUGAGCGGCAGCCUCUCUCCACAACCGUCCGGAGCCCCGGCAACCCCUCCCCCUGUGCCGUCGCGAACACCCACUAGCCUCGAGUCCCCAGCUAUGCCCUCGGCGGUCCCAUCCAGCACCGUCAACCUCGACGUAGCCAUCGCAGCCGGCAAAGGCGUCGGCCGCAUCGUCGGCGCGGGUAUGAAGUUCUACUCCAACUUCUGCCUCGGCAUGGCUCGGGGGUUCCGCAACGCCCCCAAACUCUACAACGACGACACAGUCCGGCCGCCUGAGAAAGUCACCGGCCUCGUCAGCGGCAUGAAGGUAGCCGGGAAGGAGUUCGGCUUGGGGGUGUACGACGGGACGUCGGGGCUGUUCACGCAGCCGUGGAAGGGCGCUGAGAAGGAAGGGGCCAAGGGGUUCGUGAAGGGGUUCGGCAAGGGCGUCGGCGGCCUCUUCUUCAAGAAUGCCGCGGCCCUUUGCGCUAUUCCUGCGUACACGAUGCAGGGCAUCCAGGCCGAGGUGCGCAGGAAGUUCACCAAGAGCUCGGUGAAUUACAUCAUCACGUCGCGCGUGCUGCAGGGAGAGGAGGAUAUGGCCGGGGCGACGGCCGAGGAGAAGCACGAUAUCAUGACGAGGUGGCAUGCCAAGCGGGAUGAGCUCAAGGGGUUUUAUCUGCUGAAGCAGAAGGAGAGUGAGAGGGCGAAGGCGGCGGCCAAGGCAGCGGCGGAGGUAGUCGCUACCGCUCAUAACUCAGCGGAGGUGCCGGGAAACACCAUUGGUACGCCGGAGGGCGGUCCCUCGGCGAAGACAGGGCGGCUGAGCUUGCCGUGGAGCAGACGGCGAACCGCGAGCAACGUCAACGGCAACGUCAACUCGCCCACUACCUGGGCGGCGACGCUCCCGCCCACCACGGCCAGCUCUGCGUCGAGUAAUUUUUCCUUUGAGGACCACGAGGCCCUGGAGCGGGCAAUUCAAGAGUCGGUUCUGCAGACGUCGACGGGCGAUCCGGAGGAAGAUGCCAGGGUCGAGGCGGCGAUCAGGGCGAGUGUGAUGGAGAUGCGCAGGGCUGCUGAGCAGCAGCAGCAGCAGCAACAAGGCCAUCCCCAGCACCAGACCCCAAGCCAGACCUUUGGCGGUUGGAUCGCUGAUCAAAAGAUUGGCCCCGGCGACUCUGGCGAGCUGUCGAUCGAAGAGUGGACCAACAUCACCGACGAGGAAUACCAGGCGCUGGUUGAGGAGGCCGUCCGAAGGAGUCUGCUGGAGCAGGAGCUGGAGGAGCAGGCACACCACCUUCAACAGCAGGAUGAGCUGCACUUCCAGCAAGCGAACGACCACUACCAGAACUAUCAUUCCAACACAGCAGAGGUCGCGAGACAACAACCACAACAGUCGACCGUCAGGCUCGUGGCCGACCAGCAGCAGCAGCAGCAGCCGGCAGUGGCGGAAUUGCCGGGCAACCACCACGCUCCCUCAACAACCACAACAACGCAGAGUCCCCCCCACAACAGGGAAGAAGGAGACGCGCAAGGGGGAGAAGAGGAACUGUUGCGUCGGGCAUUGGAGGAGUCGGAGCGGUUGCACCGCGGCUGGACCGAGGCGAUGGCGCGGCAGCGGACCGAGGAGGAGAUUGUGCUCGAGUAUGUCAUGAAGCAGAGCCUCGCCGAGGAGGAGUUUCGGAUGGCGCGGGAGGCGGCGGCGGGGAAGGGGAAGCAGCCUGUUUCCUCCUCGCGGGGGCAGGGGCAGGGGCAAACAGGUGGGAAUGAGGGCCAACAGGCUGGGGAGGAGGACGAGGAAUUGAGGAGGGCGAUUGAGGAGAGUUUGAGGAUGAGUGGGGCUAGGGGCAGUGGUGGUGGGAGUGGGAGUGGCCUGGGGGUGGGACCGUCGAGGCCGAGGUGGGAGGGUUGA